GCUCUGAUUGGCCCUGCGGCCGGCCCCCUCCCCCGGCAGCUUUGCGGGUAUUUCUGGGCGCAAGCGAGGGUCGCGGUGUGGAGUCGGAGUGCGGUCUCGUCCCACGAGAUGGCUCAGUGGUAUCAGCUACAGCAACUUGAUUCCAAGUUUUUAGAGCAAGUUCACCAGCUAUACGAUGACAGCUUUCCAAUGGAAAUCAGGCAGUACCUCGCACAGUGGCUGGAAAACCAGGAUUGGGAACAUGCAGCCAACAACGUAUCUUUUGCUACGGUGCUAUUCCACGACCUGCUGUCACAGCUCGAUGAUCAAUUUAGUAGAUUCUUGAUAGAAAACAACUUUUUGCUGCAACACAACAUAAGGAAAAGCAAACGUAAUCUUCAGGAUAACUUCCAAGAAGAUCCAAUACAUAUGGCAAUGAUCAUCUACAACUGUCUGAAAGAAGAGAGGAAAAUUCUGAACAGUGCCCAGUUGUCAAAUCAGAUGGAAGUGGGCAGCAUACAGAACACUGUGAUUGGGAUGCUGGACAAACAGAAAGAGCUUGAUGCGAAAGUUAAGGCUGUAAAAAAUAGCGUUAUAGACGUGGAGCAAGACAUCAAGACAUUGGAAGAUAUGCAAGAUGAAUAUGACUUUAAAUGUAAAACCUUGCAGAACAGAGAGCACGAGUCCAAUGGUUUGUCACAGGAGGAAUAUAAGAAAGAACAGAUGAAUCUCAAGAAGAUGUUUUUGUCACUUGACCUCAAGAGAAAGGAAGUGGUGAACAAGAUAGUACAGCUGCUGAACACCACAGAGCACACACAGAGUGCUCUUAUUAAUGAGGAGCUGGUGGAGUGGAAACACAGGCAACAGACUGCAUGUAUUGGCGGCCCACCCAACGCCUGCCUUGACCAGCUACAGAACUGGUUCACCAUUGUUGCUGAAAGUCUACAGCAAGUUCGUCAGCAGCUCAAAAAACUUGAGGAACUGGAGCAGAAGUUUACCUAUGACCCUGAUCCCAUCACAAAAAACAAACAAGUUCUGCAGGACCGGACAUACAGUCUUUUCAAACAGCUCAUCCAGAGCUCCUUUGUGGUAGAGAGGCAGCCCUGCAUGCCAACACAUCCUCAGAGGCCAUUAGUUCUGAAGACAGGCGUACAGUUUACUGUAAAGCUGAGAUUGCUGGUGAAAUUGCAGGAAUUGAACUACAACUUGAAAGUCAAAGUUUUAUUUGAUAAAGAUGUAAGUGAGAAGAACUCAGUCAAAGGGUUCAGGAAAUUUAAUAUUUUGGGAACAAACACAAAAGUAAUGAACAUGGAAGAAUCUACUAAUGGAAGUCUAGCAGCAGAAUUCAGGCACUUGCAACUGAAAGAACAGAAGAACGCGGGAAGCAGAACAAAUGAGGGUCCUCUCAUUGUAACAGAAGAGCUUCACUCUCUGAGUUUUGAGACACAGCUGUGCCAGCCUGGCUUAGUAAUAGACCUUGAGACCACGUCCCUUCCCAUUGUUGUGAUCUCAAAUGUGAGCCAGCUUCCAAGUGGAUGGGCUUCUAUCUUGUGGUUCAACAUGCUGUCUACUGAUCCCAAGAACUUGUCCUUCUUUCUGAAUCCACCUUUUGCAAAGUGGUCUAAACUUUCCGAAGUUCUGAGUUGGCAGUUUUCUUCUGUAACAAAGAGAGGACUUAAUGCAGAUCAGCUGAGCAUGCUGGGAGAGAAGCUACUUGGGUCAGCAUGUGGAGGAUCUCAUGAUGGCCUUAUUCCUUGGACAAGAUUCUGCAAGGAAAAUAUAAAUGACAAAAAUUUCCCCUUUUGGCUGUGGAUUGAGGGAAUUCUGGAGCUUAUUAAGAAACACCUCCUGUGUCUCUGGAAUGAUGGCUGCAUCAUGGGUUUCAUUAGUAAGGAGAAAGAACGUGCUUUGUUGAAGGACCAGAGUCCAGGAACAUUUUUACUAAGAUUCAGUGAAAGCAGCAGAGAAGGAGCAAUCACAUUUACUUGGGUAGAAGGAUCUCAAAAUGAGCCCCAGUUCCAUUCAGUAGAGCCAUACACCAAGAAGGAGCUCUCUGCUGUUACUUUCCCUGAUAUCAUUCGCAACUACAAAGUGAUGGCAGCUGAAAACAUCCCUGAAAAUCCCCUGAGAUUUCUGUACCCAGAUAUACCCAAAGACAAUGCCUUUGGCAAAUACUACUCCAGGCCGAAGGAGGCACCAGAGCCCAUGGACUUGGAUGGUCCCAAGGGAAAUGGCUACAUCAAGACUGAGUUAAUCUCUGUAUCUGAAGUCCAUCCUUCCAGGCUCCAGUCUCCAGAAAAUCUGCUCCCCAUGUCUCCUGAAGAGUUCGAUGAGGUGUCUCGGAUGGUGAGCCCAGCAGAGAUCGAUACUGUGAUGUGCUCAGCAUAUUCAACUUAAAGAUUGAGCUUUCAACUGCAUCAUUAACACAGCUGAUUAGCUUAUGCAUCCUGCUCUGCAGUCAAUGACUUGGUGACAUGCUUCACUUCAAUUCUUUGGGAGGCCCUAGAUAUUUCACUGCACAUCAGUUUCUCAACCUGAAGGUCCAGUAGCAAUUUUUAACUAGUGGGAAUAUAAACGGCAUUCCGAGUAGCCUCUUACACACACUUUUUUUGUUUAGAAGUUCUUUUUUAAAGAAGUUCCAGUUAGCGAGAUACUGUGCCAGAGUGGAGGAAGAGAGGAGGAUAGGAAUGAGAGGUCCUCAGCAAGAACGAUGGGAGAAACAUGCAUUUUGUUGUUUAAGGGAAUUAAUUAAAUUUAGCAUUUAAAACAGUUGGCUGUACAUAGAAGGCUUCAAAGGAAAGCUAGUUCUUUUGCAGAGGUUCUGUUCUGAAAGCUUGCACCUUCUGCAUAACUACUCCUGAAGAACUUUCACAACUUUAAAUUUCCCUCUGCACCACAGAAAGGAGGAGAGAAACACUCUGCCACACUGAAUCCACGUGCCACUGAAGUUUAUCCUGGUUUUCUGUUUUCUAAGGGCAUGGCAUACUGAAGAAAAAAUGUUAUCCGCAUUUCAUUUUUGUGUGUUUCUUAAGACAAAGUCUUCUUGUGUAGGAUGUUUAGCACAAGCUUUCUCACAAAGAGCACUUGGGACACCACCCAAAGCUGCACUGGCACAUGCUGAGCUUGCAAUUCAAUGCGUGCAAUCAAGACUAAAGCCUCUACAGACUGCAAGCAUGCUGUCUGGCAGCACUGUCAGACAAAAUGAGAACCUACUCUUAGAAAAAUAAGAGUACAAAAGGAGUUGGAGUACGUUUUUACUCACUGUGCUUAAUCUGCCGAGGUGAGGGUCUGGUCACUCCUAUCUUUUACAAUAAUAUAUGCCCUAUUUAGGUUAUAACAGGUGGAAUGGAACUUAAUUUUCUCAUGCACUAUGAACAAGGGUAUUUAUUUCACUGUUGAUUUGAAUAGCUAGAAGACCCUCCAGGCUUUGAUAAUGAAGUGGUUUUGCAAUUAGGGAUAAGGCACAGGAAAGCAAAGUUAAAUUUAUACUGAGUAAUGGCUGCAGCAUAUGCAAUCUUUAGUACUUAAAGGAUGAAGUUGCACUUCCACCCGAGGAGGAACAGGUUUGUUUCUCAGCGUGUUGGAAGAUAAUGGUGGAAGUUAAGAGGCAAGGUUGGCUUACGCCGCCCGUCUCAGUAUUAUCCAAGGCUGCCAACUGGCAGCAGCCGAGCAGAGGGACAGCACAAUGCCGACACCAGGUCCCACAUGUUCAGGUACAAAGGGGUUGGACAAGUUGGCCUCAAGGUCCCUCCAACCUCAGCCCACCUGUGACCAGCUGCUUCUGCAGCAUCUCAAGCCCCAGUACCCAUUCCCAGUGCCCAGGAGGGCAGCGGCGGCCAGUGUGACUCACAGCCGUUGCAGGGCCACUUCUCUGCCCUUCAGAAAUGCUACGAUCAGCUGCUGCUUAGAAAAUGAACGACUGGUUCAAUUUGGUGUGUCGUGCCCAGGAAGACUGAUGUGCCCCCAGCAAAAGCCAGAGAGAAAGAAAACUUAAAGGACCUAGAGCACGUAACGUACCUACUUACAUGGAAAGCAUUGCUACAGUGACUUAUUUUUGGUACCCUCGGUUACUGAGGUUAACAGUGCUACAGAACAUCACCACUGGUGACUUACUGCUUUCAUCUUAUAACUGGCUAAAUGUAUAUCUAUAUUGUAAUACAAAAAUCAAAUACUUGUUUCUUGAGCUACACCUUGUACUCAUGUCCCAUACUCAGCAGUUUGGUUUGAUUACUUUUAUAUUCCAAUUUUAUCGACCAGGGUGAAAUUUGCUUGUGAGAUUUAAAGCAGUGGCCUUAUUCAUAGCUUUGUCUUUACAUAGCAAGUAUUUCUAAAAGCGAUGGGGUUUUUUUAUUCUUUUGCCAUUUUAAAUAAAUGGAACUAUCAGUUGACACUUUAGUCCUUUAUCUUGUGUUUUGGCUACUUCUAUUAUAAAGAUGAUGCAUCUGCCAAUACUUUACUGUAUAUCUCAUUUUAAACUGGUUUGUGUGACUAAACAGUUAUACAGCUCUGAAGUCUAAGGCAACAGAGAUGUUUUUAAUUCGCUGUAUUGUUGCAGGUCAGUUCUUAGAGGUGGUAGUUAGAAUAUUUAUUAUUAUUGCUUGUAUCACAUCACUGACUUUUUUUCUUAAUAAACUUCAGUAAACUCAA